AUGGAUGUGUUUGGUGGUGCACCACGUUUCUUUGCCUAUCCGCGGCCUGUGGUGGUGCAAAGUGGAACUGAUGCAGUCCUAAAGUGUCAAAUUGGUGGCGAUCCAAGGCCUGCAGUUAUCUGGGAGCGAAACAAUGAAAAGAUUGACCCACAGGGGCAAUACAGGGUCUUUGAGGAUGGCAACGUGUACAAUCUCAUCAUUUCGGCCGUGACCACAGAGGAUAGUGGUCAGUACAUGUGCAAAGCAAAGAACAGCAUUGGGGAAACGUACGCAGCGGCCACACUGAAGGUGGAAGGCGAAGCGCACGAGAUGGAGUUGCGAGAGGAAAAUAAGCCACGGUUCCUCAUCAAGCCCCUCUCCACUCGAGCCGGCCGUGGGGACGAUGCGGUCUUCUCCUGUAAGCUCUGGGGAAACCCACAACCAGAGGUGGUCUGGGAAAAGGACGGCAGGAAACUCAAUGAAAUAUUUGAAAGCACGCAUUUCAGUGUGGGCUUCCAGGACGGUGGAUGGUUCCAGCUCAAGAUCUUCAAGACUCGUGCUCCAGACGGUGGCGUGUAUACAUGCAAAGCCAGGAAUGAGUUUGGGGAAGCGUUGGCCGGAGCCGUGUUGCUGGUUGAUGCCGGCCCAGGACAUGAGGAUGAGGCAAACCGUAACGGCUACACAAACGGCCACUGGAAAGGCCACCAGGGAAAGCAGAGGAGUGGUAGGCAUUUGCUAAACCGGCUCAAAGACGACACCAAGUCUACGACGGUGAAAAUGUUUGCAGUGACGGAGGGCAAACAUGCCAAAUUCCGCUGCUUUGUGACUGGAAAACCCAAACCAGAAAUAAUUUGGAGGAAAGACGGCAGGCUGAUGCUGUCCGGAAGGCGUUACUUGUUAUACGAGGACAGAGAAGGAUACUUCACACUUAAAGUUUUGUACUGUAAGCAAAAGGAUAAUGGAGUUUAUGUUUGCGCUGCGUCAAAUACCGCCGGGCAAACCCUCAGUGCCGUACAUCUCUCCGUAAAGGAGCCGCCUGUGCGGUUCAAGCAGCCUCUCAUUGAUCUCGAAGUGUGGGAGCGAGAUUUGGCUGUUCUCGAGUGUGAAGUUCCAGAGGACUCUGUUCCCAUCACGUGGUAUCUGGAGGACAGACGGCUGCAGCCAGGGGACAAAUAUGGAAUGGAGGAGUGGGGGACAAAACGGCGACUAACUAUCCGUGACAUCGGAGUCGACGAUGAUGGGAUUUACCUCUGCGAGAUGCCCGACGGGGGCCGAAGCAUUGCCGAGGUAGCUGUGAAAGGAACAAUAUUGCGGAAGCUUCCAAGAAAAGUGGACGUAUUGGAAGGUGAAAAUGCAGCCUUUUGUGUUGAAGUGGAAAAAGAAGAAAUGGACAUACAUUGGUACAAAGAUGCCGUAGAGCUGCGUGAGACGCAUCAGACCAUCCUUAAGUCCUUUGGCCGAACUCACAUCCUGGUUUUCGUCAAUACUAUGCCCCAAGACUCUGGCCUUGUGACUUUCCUUGUCGGCAGAUCGAAGACUUCCUCUCAGCUAAGAGUGAAAGCGGCCAGACAUUGUCCUCCCAGUUGUCCAGUGGGUGUGCAGAUCAACACAGAGCGUGCUAAUGCAGCUCUUCUCUCAUGGGUUCCUGCUCAGGACACUCGAAAGAACCCCCCAUCUGGAUAUGUGCUUGAGCGACAGGAAGUGGGCACAGGCUCCCAGGAGUGGCUACAGUGUCUGACCACUGACUCUGCAACCUCUGUGGAGAUCCUUGGUGACAGCGUACCAUGUGAAGCCGAUUAUCGAUUCCGCAUCUGCAGUGUAAACAAAUAUGGAAGGAGCAACAAUGUUGAGUUCCCUAAAGCUGUUCAUUUGGUUCCAGUUGCCAGAAUACAAGCUCCCUUACAGGACGCCUUGGUGCCCGAGGGGCAAGACGCCAUCUUCUCUAUUGAGCUCUCUGCUUCAGUUAUCGGUACAUGGUUUUUAAACGGCACUCAGCUUCAGGAAGAGGAGCGUUAUUCCAUGCGCAGGUCACGAACACACCAAUCUCUUCGCAUUCGAGGAGUUCGUGAAACAGAAAAUGGAGCAGAGAUCACGUUUAUUGCCUAUAGCAUUCGGGAUUCUGCCGCACUGUACAUUCAAGCUCCACUUGUCAAGUUUUCACUAAUGUCAGAAAUGGAUCGAAACAAAUUUGUAGAAAUUGGGAACCCCAUUGUGCUCUACUGUGAGCUGUCAGACCCUGCAGCUCCAGUGCACUGGUACAAGAAUGGGGUGGAAAUACAAACACUGGAGGGUCAGCAUAUCCAAUCAGAGGGCACCAUGAGGAGAAUUGUCAUCCAAUCAGCAGAGUUCUCACACUCUGGAGUGUAUUGCUGUGAUGCCAUUGAUGACGUCAUCAGGUUCAACGUGGAAGUAGAGGCGCAACCAGUAACGUUUGCUGAUAUCCCAGAGGAGGAGGACCUUUUCAAGAGUGUUGUGGAACAAGAACCGUUUGUUCUGUCAUGUGAAGUAUCAAGGGCUGAUGGCGUUGUCCAGUGGUACAAAGAUGGAAUUGAAAUGCAACCAUGCAACAAUAUCACAAUGCAAGCAGAGGGCACCAAAAGGACUCUGACAGUCAAUUCAGCCCAACUGUCUGACACAGGCACAUACACAUGCCGUGCAGGAGACAAUAUUCUCAUGUACAAGGUUAAUAUACGAGAACCUCCGGUGUUGAUAAUCUACCCCAAGGAGGAUGUCCACCUUGACCGUCACGUUCCUGAGGAAAUUAUUCUGAGCUGCGAAUUGUCUCGUCCAAACGGGGUUGUCAGCUGGUACAAAGACGGUCAAAAGCUGCAAGAGAGUGAGAACAUCAAGCUCAAGAUCGAAGGCCCUUAUCGACGACUGAAGAUUAUUUCUAGUGGAGUGGACGAUUCUGGAGAAUAUGUCUGUGAUACAGCCGACGCUUCAAUAUUCUUUCACCUUGUUAUUACAGAACCUCCAGUGCAGAUUGUGUCCCCAAGUCAGUCCCAAAUGGAGCUGUGCCAGCAGAGCUCCGAGAGGAUGGUACUGAGCUGUGAGAUCUCAAGGCCCAAUGCAGUGGUGCGCUGGUAUCGAGACGGACUCGAAGUGGAGGAGAAUAACAACCUUAUCCUUGAGGUGGAUGGCGUCUACAGAAGACUUAUUAUACCAGAAACUACCGUCAAAGACUCCGCCGAAUACGUCUGUGACACUGCAGAUGACUCCAUGACAUUCUUUGUCAACAUAGCAGAGCCUCCUGUUCGUUUUGUACGUCCAAGGAAGAUGGCGGGUAGAGUAGACAGAGUGGCUGGGGAGACUCUUGUUCUUGACUGUGAGGUUUCGAGAUCAAAUGCAGAGGUCACCUGGAAGAAGAACGGGGAAGAAGUAGAAGACUCCAGAAAUAUCACAAUCCUUGAGGAUGGCGUCAUGCGUCAAUUAACUGUUCACUCACUAACAAUGGAAGAUGCUGGGCAAUAUGUCUGCGAUGCAAAGGAUGAUGUGAUGGAUUUCCAUGUAAAAGUGCAAGAGUUGCCUGUAAAGAUUCUUGGAAAAACAGAAGCAAAAACAGAAAAGCAGUUCUUAGUAUCGGAUGACAUUAUUCUAGUGUGUGAACUGUCCAGAUCCAAUGCCUCAGUCAGUUGGUACAAAGAUAAUCAGCUCAUCGAUGACACUGAGCGAUACUGUGGUGAAGAGCAAGGCGUUUUCAGAUCACUGGUUGUCCUAAAUGCUGCGCUAGAGGAUUCGGGAGAGUACACCUGUGAUGCAGUGGAUGAUAAGAUGGUCUUCUACAUCACCGUCAAAGAGCCUCAAGUACAGAUCAUUGGAAACUCAGGCCACCCGGAGCAUCACAUCCUGGUUGCAGGAGAUGACCUUAUUUUGGAGUGCGAGGUGUCUCGGCCGAAUGCCACAGUUCAGUGGUUAUGGAAUGGUGAAAUCUUGAAACCAGACACUCGUAUAAAAAUCGACAGCUACGAUGUUGUCAGGAAGCUCGUUCUCUCUGGACUUCGGCCCUCAGACUCUGGAAAAUACAUUUGUGAUGCCAUCAAUGACAAAUUGACAACAAUUGUGGAGGUCCAAGCUCCCCGUGUUGUUGAGUUCAUAGCGGAGCUUCGUAACAUCACGGUCUGUGAGGGAGAAGAUGCAGUGUUUAAGUGCGUGGUUUCACCAGAGGACACCCGGUUGGUGUGGCGCUUCAAUGGCAAGCGAGUCGCUCUGACUAAGCGCACUGUCAUUUCAAGCAACGGACUAUGUCACAUGCUGUGCAUCCACAACUGCACGGUUUCAGAUGGCGGCAGAGUGACAGCUGAUGCAGAGGGUUCGGUAUCAGAGGCAGAACUCCAGAUUCAAGAACAUCAAGUGUUGUUCACCAAGAAAAUGACACCAGUUGUAGCUCAAGAGUACGGUGAGGUGACUCUCGAGGUGGAGGUGGGUCUGGAUUCGGGAGAGGUGCAGUGGAUGAGGCAAGGGGUACUGAUCCACCCUGGGCCCAAGAAUACCCUGAAACACAACGGCCGCAACCACAGUCUCACCCUCCACAAACUGGCCAUGUCUGACCGGGGCACCUACAGCUGUGAAACCCUCCAUGACCGCACGCAAGCCCAACUCACAGUGGAGCCUCGAAGAAUCUCAAUCAAAAGAGGGAUGACUGACAUUAAAACCAUAGAGCGAGAAACAACAUCUUUUGAGGUGGAGCUCUCCCAUCCCGAUGUCCCAGGCACCUGGAUGAGAAACGCAAUCAAGCUUAAGCCAACAAAUCACUUCCGUAUGAGUGCCAAGGGACAAGUCCACAGCCUCACUAUCUCUAACCUAUCAGUAGAAGACACUGGCACCUUUACGUUCUGCGUAGAGAAUGUGAAGACAUCUGCCAGGCUUGUUGUGAAGGAGCCCCCAGUGACCAUUUUCAGAAAACUGGAGGACCAGAAAUUCCCUGAAGGGGCCGUAAUCUCUAUUGAGUGUGAGCUGUCAAGACACAGCGUUGAUGUGAAAUGGAUGAAGAAUGGGGUUGAGGUGAAGCCCGGCAAGAACUUGCGCAUUUAUGCAAUGGGAAGGAAACGGUUUCUUCAGAUCAUGAAAUGUAAUGUCAGUGAUUCUGGCAUGUACACCUGCGAUGCUGGAGAUGUUACAACAUGCUGCACUGUGGAGGUCUACGAGCGUGACCUGCUGAUCCUGCAGGGCCCAAAGGACCUGGACAUCCAGGAAGAUCAGAACGCGGUGUUUGUUUGCGAGCUCUCAGUGGAGGACAUGCCAGGAGAAUGGUACAGAAACGGGGAGAGAAUACAACCCACCAGCACCAUCAAGAUCCGGCAGGAAGGGACCAAACAUUUUCUCCUUAUGUGCAAUGUGAAAGCAGAGGACUCGGGAGAGAUCAAGUUUGUCUGCAGACAUAUUGAAUCUGUCGCUUACCUGGAGGUGGAAGAGAUUCCGGUGAACAUCGUGAAACCUCUGCAGGACACGACCGCCAUUGAGAAGAGCCGCGUGCUCCUCGACUGCACCGUGUCCAACCCCAGGUGCAGCAUCCGCUGGUACAAGGGCAGCAACGUCAUCCUGCCCUCCGAGCGCUUCGAGAUCUGCAGCGAAGGCUGCUACCGCAAACUGAUCCUCCAGCAGGUGGUGCUCGACGAUGAGGGCACGUACAGUGUGCAGGUCGGGGAGUACUCCUGCUCCGCCAAGCUGACAGUGGAGGCCCAGUCACUGUUAAUGGUCAGAGAGCUGAAGGACGUGGAGGUCACGGCCCCUAACGAAGCCCGCUUUGAAUGUGAGGUCUCAGGGCCCGUCCUCAAGGCCCCCGUGUGGAGUCUGAACGGGGAGCCGGUACAGCAGAGCUCCGGGGUACUCCUGGAGAAGAUGGGCACGGUCCACAGGCUGACCCUCAGACAGACAUGCCCGGAUGUGAGUGGAGAGGUGGAGUUCACCUCUGGGAAGGCCAGCAGCAGAGCCCAGCUUCGGGUACGGAGUAAGUCAGGGAAGUAG